AUGGAAGCCUUACCUGUGAGCAGCAAGGAGAUCUGCAGAGAAAGUAGGACAGAUCCUAUCAUUGCCCGGGUACUGGAGAUGGUAUCCACAGGUCGUUUGCCAAGGGUCCAGGAUGUGGACAGCGCCCUGAUGCCAUUCAUCAGUAGGAAGGAUGAACUGACCCUCCAGCAGGGGUGCCUCAUGUGGGGUAUCCGCGUUGUCAUACCUCCAAAACUGAGACACAGAGUGUUGUCUGAGCUACACACCGGACACCCUUUAUAUGUGGUGGCCAGGAAUCGACGUCAAAGACCUGCGUCAAAGACCUGCCAAUCCUGUCAACUUACCCAGAAAGCACCAGGUCCAUCACCUCUCCAUCCCUGGACAUGGCCUGGAGCUCCAUGGCAGAGAAUCCAUGUCGAUUUUGCUGGCCCUUUCCAAGGCCAUAUGUUCAUGGUGGUCGUGGACGCUCAUUCCAAAUGGCCGGAAGUGCACCUCAUGAGCUCCACUACAACUUUCAAGACCAUACAGGUGUUGAGAGGGCUAUUCAGUCGUUAUGGACUUCCAGAAGUUUUAAUAAGCGACAAUGGCCACCAGUUCACAUUGAGUGAGUUUGACACGUUCAUGAAGGGAAACGGAGUGAAACACAUACGCUCUGCACCAUUCCACCCAGCCACAAAUGGGCUAGCAGAACAUUUUGUGCAAACCUUCAAGCACUCAAUGAACAUGCCUAAUGAUUCAACACAGACUGGAUGCGUUCCUGUUGAUGUAUCACAACACUCCGCACUCAACAACCAAGGAAUCACCAGCCAUGCUUUUCAUGCGUUGCAAACUGCGAUCACGACUUGACUUGUUAAAACCGAACGUAGCAUCACGAGUAGAGAAAGCGCAAGAGGCGCAGUGUGCUCAUCGUGAAAUACAUGCAAAAGCUAGGUCAUUCCAGGUGGGUGACAAAGUGCUAGUUCGUGAUUAUGGGGGACAUUUUAUUUUCUUUACAUUUUAUUUUUAUUUAUUCGGGUGAUUGUCUUAGAAGUUGACAAAAUACUCUAGUUUUUGGGUCUUAUAAGACUCUAUAUGUGGGUAUUGGUCCAAGGCAGUCUGAGCUGUGCUUGUUGACAUACUCUAUAAGGGUUACUUCCGCUCAGAUAUUUAAUCCCAAGAGAAUAGAAGUGUUUUGUGGUUCAUACGGGUGUUUGAAAAGAUCUUCAGCAUUUUUAAUAUUUGAAUUUAGAGAUUGUUCUAAGUCAAUUUGUAAAUUAUUUACAUUAGAUUGUGGAGAUUCAGUUCUUGGA